GUCAGUUGAAUUGGGUUACUAUUUGUGUUCACAGAAUUUAUAAUGGCCUAUAUUUCCACGAAGGCCUGAUGUUGAGAUAUAUAAAAUAAACAAUGAAAAGAAUGUGGAUAUUAAAAAACCUGGAUUCUGGACUGUACUCCACCACAUUGUAAUUAUGUGACCAUUGAAAAGCAGUUUUGUAUUCCUCAUUGAUUAUCUGGAAUAAUGGAGACAAUAAAGCAAUUUGGAAACCAAAACCCUGGACUACCCUUAUUAUGAUUAAGACCUUGCAGCAACAACAGCAAUUUAAAAAAUAAAAUUAAAGAACUCCUUUGUUUUAAUCCCUAUAAUAAAAUUACUUCUUCAUGUUGGACAAGAGCAGAAGAAUUUUGACAAAAAUCAAAAGGCCAAAAGGUAGACUUGUCAUCUAGGAAACCUGGACACAAAGCAAAAAGAAUGGGAUGCUCACACUCUUCCAUAGUAACAACACCCACACAUCAAGUUGACUUCUUGUUAUCUGAGCCAUAGAAGGCCCUGAGCCGAUGAUUCUGAUAAGGGAGAUGUUGACUGGGAAGAGAGACAUGAGCCCAUCUGGAGCCGUGUGACUGUUCUCUCAGGACAACUGGGCUUAAGGAGAGCCCUGCUUUUAAGUUGGAAUUCUAGCUUCCAUUUGUAAGCAGGAUUUUAUUAAAUCCGUGAACCAUCAUACAGCGUAAGAGAAAAGAUGAUAAUGAUGAAAUCAUUACCCUACAUUUGUUGGGUCCUUUCUUAAAGGUCAAAACUCUAUUAAGUGCAACCCUGGGAGGUAGGUCCUGUGAUGAUCUCCAUUUUAUCGAUAAAGAAGUUGAGAUUUCAAUGGUUAAGUAAAUGACCUAGGAUCCUGUACUAAAUGGUGGAAUCACUUCUCAAUUCAGAUCUGCCUGGGUCCAAACCGCAAGUCCCUUUUUUUACACGUAGGAAGUAUAGGUCCUGAGUUAGGAAGACCCCUGGUUGCUCUACUUCCUUCUCUUAGUCUAGGAUUUUUUCUGCAUUAUGUCCUCUUAAAAUUUGUUUAUUCCUAUGCAUUUUCUCAAGUAUUUCAGGCCUGUGUACAUUCAGCUCUUAUGUCAAAUUGAUUCAAAAGUUUCUGGAUUUUUAAGCUUUUAGGUGGAACAAAGUCUAGAUCUUGAAAAUGGAUGUAUCAAUCACUUGAUUUUACUAUUUUUAUUUUUUUAUUUUUUAGUGAAAUGUUUCUACCAGACUCCUAUAAAGGGGACACUGUCUCCCAUGUGCUAUUAAAAGUUGAGCCUUGUGACUACUGUCUGACUGUGUUUUUUUCUUUUAGAGAAGUCAGAGAGUGCAGUCUGUGACCUCAUGUAAAAAAUAGCCACCAAGGAUCUAUCCAGAAUCAUUUUUAGUUCUUUAAUUUUGGUAAGCCCACAUUUUCAAAACAGAUUAAAUGUGUCUGAUUUCUUUUAGAAGUAUAUAUUACAAAGCAUUCAGCGGCAAGUGAGAAUUCAAAUGCACAGAGCAGAGCCAGAGAGCUUUCUAAGGAGAGGCCCUUCAGGAGAGACAGAGAAGAUACACGGGCAAGUUUUGGAAGGAUUUUCCUUGCUACCCUUGAAGAGACUUGGAAAUUAAUAGGCAACAUUUUACAUGAAAAUUUUUGAACAUUUUUUUUCUCCUUAUCUCUGAGACCUUCUGCAGAGAAUUAAUAGGAGGUUGAAUGCGCACAUGGAUAAAAUGGAUCAUCUUAAAGGAUUGCAGUUCCAAAAAUAAAUCAGCAGGACUGGACAGGUUUGACAUAAUGAGAUUUCUAUUUUAGCUUGACUUCUGGAACUCUGAAUAAACUAUAAACUGAGCUACACAAGGACUUGCAAAGGGAGUUUCUCUUCUAAAACAUUCUAGUUAAGUGUAACAUUUUUCUUCUUCAGAUCUUUUAAAAAGGGAUUUUCAGUCAUCAAUUUCCUAAGGAGCAAGACUCUUAGACAUUUGCCACUUUUUAAUAUAUGAAGUGAGAUAGAAAGCAGCAAUAUAUAUUAAUACUGAAAGAAAAUAAUUUAGUGAAAGAAACAGACACCAGGAAGUAAGAGGAGAAAUCUCUGCGUACACCCUGACUGAGAUGGCAGAAGCUCCUGUGGAUGCCUCAACUCUGCCUGUAACGGUGAAGAAAAAGAAGAGUCUAUCCAUUGAGGAAAAGAUUGACAUCAUAAAUGCAGUGGAAAGUGGCAAAAAAAAAGCAGAGAUUGCAGCUGAAUAUGGAAUAAAGAAAAAUUCACUGUCUUCUAUUAUGAAGAAUAAAGAUAAAGUUCUAGAAGCCUUUGAAUCUUUGAGAUUUGAUCCAAAGAGAAAAAGACUGAGAACUGCGUUUUAUACAGACCUGGAAGAGGCAUUAAUGAGGUGGUAUCGAAUUGCUCAGUGUCUAAAUGUACCAGUUAAUGGUCCAAUGUUGCGUCUAAAAGCUAAUGAUUUUGCCCAGAAACUGGGACAUAAUGACUUCAAGUGCAGUAAUGGCUGGCUGGAUCGCUUUAAAUCCAGGUAUGGUUUAGUAUUCAGAGCUCAACCUGCAGAAGCUUCAGGUGUAUCAGUAGACCCUUCAACUGUCUGGUACCAAAAUGUACUUCCUUAUUAUUUAAAUGAUUAUCAUCCUAAAAAUGUCUUUAAUAUAAAAGAGACUGGGCUGCUUUAUCGAAUGUUACCUACAAAUACAUUUGCAUUUAAAGGAGAAACAUGCUCAGUCGGAAAGUUGUGCAAAGACAGGAUAACUCUGGUGGUUGGCGCAAACAUGGAUGGCUCAGAAAAACUUCCUUUGCUUGUCAUUGGAAAAAACAAAAACCCACAUUGCUUCAAAGGUAUAAAAUCAUUGCCGGCACAUUAUGAAGCUAACAGAAUGGCAUGGAUGACUUCAGAUAUUUUUGAACAAUGGAUGCAAAAGCUUGAUGAGAAAUUUCAAGCCCAGCAACGAAGAGUGGUGAUUUUUGUGGAGUCUUCCCCUGCACAUCCAGAGGUUAAGAACCUAAAGUCCAUUGAGUUAGCAUUCUUUCCAUCAUGUUUAUCUUCUAAAUUUAUAGCUAUGAAACAAGGUGUUAUUAAAAGUCUAAAAAUCAAAUAUCGACAUUGUCUCAUCAAGAAAUUUUUAAGCUCUGUUGAAGAUAGCAGGGAAUUUACAUUUUCAUUACUAGAUGCAGUUGAUACAUUGCAUCUGUGUUGGAGGACUGUAACCCCAGAGACUAUUGUUAAAAGCUAUGAAGAAGCAGGAUUCAAAUCUCAAAAGGAAGAAAAUGACCCAGCCGAUGCAGAGAGAGACACUAGUCUUGAUUUGGUCACCCAUACUCUGGGGGCAGGAGUGGAAUUUCCUGAAGGUUUGUCUAUAGAAGAGUAUGCUGCCCUGGAUGAUGACUUAGAGACAUGUGAGGCAGUACCAAGUGACGAUUCAGAGUGCACCAAAGAAAGCCAGCCAGAUGAAACUGGAUUUUAUACUUCAGAUGGAGAAGAUGAUGGUGGAGCUCUAGAAACUGAACUUCCUUUACCAUCAAAAAAUGAAGCAUUAACUGCUUUAGAUACUCUUAAAAAAUUUCUUAGAAGUCAAGACGUGAAUGAUGGACUUCAUAAUUCUUUAGCUGAACUUGAAAAUUUUAUUAACCCUUUAUCACCUAAGUAAUUAUUUAUUAUAUAACAUCUGAAGAAUAAUAGGUUUUCCUGAUGUAAUUUAUUAUAUAAGGUAUGUAAAGGAGAAAUACCACUUAAAGAUAAAAUAUGAAAAACUAAUGAUCUUUGGUUUAAUUGCAAAAGCCCUUGGUCUGAAUAGUAAAGCUCCCUGGUAAAUAGUGAUUAAUUAAAUCAAAAUGCUAAAUUAUAUUUAGCAAGGUUUCAGGGAAUAGAAAAUAUUUCAGAGUUAUACAUGUCAAACAUGAAAAAAAUGCUUUAGCUCUGAUUCACACAUAUUGAAUUCAUCAUUGCUAUUUUCUUUCUUAAAUUCAGAUCAUGUUCUAGAAUAUUUUAAUUUAUCUACCUAGUCUAAGAAACAAAAUAUCAGUAGCUUAGAUAUUUAUUUUUAUAGACAUAUAUUCUAACUAGACUUUUUAAGUAUCAAACAUUACAGUAGGUUUAAUUUAUUUUUCUUAUACUAGCUAAUAUUUCUAAAAGAGAAAUUAUGAAAGACUACUGAAAAUAAAUUCUGAUCUAACCAUACACCAAAAUGAUUAAAAAUAUACCUUAUUAUUUUCAAGCUGUUCGUAAUAAGGACAAAUGAAAUGAAAUGACCAUAUCAGGUUGGUCAUCUAUAAUCAGAAGAUGUGGGCUCUUUCUAUAUGUUUGUGUGUGUGUGUUUAAUAGAAAAAUACUUUAUUGAAACAUUUAUUAAACUUAUGAUAUUUAUAUUUUAAUAAGAAUACUCUUAAAAAGUAAAUGUGAAGAUACAUAUGCAGCUACUAGAAAAAAAUGUGGUGCUUAGAUAUUUUUCUAAUGUUAAUAGCUCAAGCUUUUAAUCUAUAGUAUUGAAUUAUUUUCUUGAUUUUACUGAAUUUUGUUGUCAGGAAAAAUGAAAUGUCCUUUCAUCAUAUUUUGACGUAGUCAGUUCUCUUUUUUUCCUUCAAAUUUAAUGGAUAACAUUUUGUAUUAAAAUUCUGUUUGAUGAAUUUUUAUUUACCAGAUGUUUUCAGAUACUGUGUGAAAUUAUUUAAU